AUGUCAGCUCAAACUCCAGUGAUUUACAACGACUCCAUGUCUGAGUCAGAAUACACACAAGCUCCCUCUUCGACGAUGCCAAUCAAGUUGGAAUCGAUCGACGAGUUAUCAUGCCACUUGCCAACCAACCGCGAUGUUGCCGACGUGAGCCCCGCGGGAAUGGCUGAUGCAAGUGUUGAUGAGUCGCCUAUUUUGGUUCAUACUGAUGUCUUGGAUAGCGUGUUCAGCACCACCCUUGACCAGAAUGACCAGUUGAUUAGCCACACUCCUAUGUUUGAUGAAUUGGAUUUCAUCAUCGACGGCAACAAGGUGAACCUGAAGGACGAUUGGGUGUCGCUCUUCAGGGACGAACCUACUGCUGGCGCCGUUGAUGAGACCGAAACUCCCGCUGCUGCUGGUAGAGAGGAGGAUUUGGGUGACUUGUUCGCCGAUGAGAUUGCAGAGCCUGUCUUUGCUGUCCCAGAGGCACCUGUGAACAAGCAGCUCGAAACUCCUAUGACUCCCGCCUUGGCUACUCCUGUGUUGGACAAGAGAAGAAGCUCUUCGACAGUUUCUAUCCCUUCUGCCAGCAAGGUGUCCAAGAGGAGAAUCGACCACUUGGGGUGCACUUCGUACUCCAAGAAGCAGCGCAGCCAGCCCUUGAAGCCAGUUGAGAUGGACUCUCAAGACCCAGCUGCAUUGAAGCGUGCCAGAAAUACGGAAGCCGCCAGGAGACUGAGGGCCCGUAAGAUGGAGCGUAUGAGCCAGUUGGAAGAGAAGGUUGAGGAGUUGAUGCGCGAGAAGCAAGACUUGGCCAGCGAAGUGAUUCGCUUGCGGGAAUUGUUGAUCGAGCACAACAUCGAGUGUUGA